GCUCAAUAUGUUUUAAGCAGACACUCUUGGUAUCUAACCGAGCAGGUGUCGGUAUUAAGUUUAUUUUCAAAUAAACUUUCUCUAAAUGAUAAAGAUAAAAUUGCAAAAAAAAUGCUAGAAUACGGAAAACCACUUGGUAUCAAUUGCGGUAAACCAACUCUUCCACUGAUUAGAAAAAAUUCCGAUAUUAUUUCUUAUAUUGGGAAAAAGUCUUGGUUAAUUUUUCUUAAUUUAAAAGAUGAUGGAAAAUGGCUUAAAAUUCCUUCUUCAGAAUGGGACGACAAUGCUUAUUAUUUGAAAAUGAAGCUGUUUAUCAAAACUCUAAAAGUGACUAAUGACGCGGCUGAGAGAGGAAUUAAGUUGUGUUCCGAUUAUCUCCAAAUACUUACAAAGGACGAGGCUGUACGAAACGAAGUUUUUUAACGUGGUUGAAAAUCAGAGAAAAGUUGUAGGCAAUUGUAAUAAGAAGCAAUUAUUCGUUGAUUUAGCUGAGUAUAAAUAAUAACCGCUUUUUUAUUA